AUGAAAGUAACACCAAGAUUACCACCUUUUCCAACUGUAAAAGAAAUGAUAAAACUUUAUAAAGUUAGUGCAAUGAAACAUCUUUCACAAAAUUUUAUUUUAAAUGAAAAGUUAACAGAUAAAAUAAUACGAAAAACAGGAAAGAUAUCUGAAAAUCAUGUACUAGAAGUUGGUCCAGGACCUGGUGGAUUAACUAGAUCAAUUAUAAGACAAUUCCCAGAAAAACUAAUUGUUGUAGAAAAGGACAAACGAUUUAAACCGAUAUUAGAUAUGUUAGCAGAUGCUUAUGCAUCAGUUAACGGUGAAAUGGAUAUUAUUUAUGAUGAUAUAAUGAAAGUAAACAUGAAUAAUAUUUUUCCUACAACUAAAAUGAAAUCUUGGGAAGACACAAUUCCAAGAAUUUGUAUCAUUGGUAAUCUACCAUUUAAUGUAUCAACUCCCUUAAUAAUAAAGUGGAUCCAUGCAAUAUCUGAAAGAAGAGGUCCGUGGGCAUUUGGAAGGACUAAAAUGACAUUAACAUUUCAAAAAGAAGUUGCUGAACGUAUAGUAGCUAAACCAUUAGAGGCACAAAGAUGUAGGUUAUCUGUAAUGGCACAAGCUUGGACACAUCCAGUAUUACACUUUACUAUACCAGGUACAGCUUUUCUUCCCAAACCAAAAGUUGACGUCGGGGUUGUAUCAUUUUUGCCUUUAUCUGUUCCACGUACCGAACACGAAUUCAAAAUUGUUGAGAAAGUAACAAGACACAUUUUUAGUUUUCGUCAGAAAUAUAGUAUACGAGGCAUUGAAACACUGUUUCCGCUAUAUUGUCGAAAGGAAUUAGGUAAAAUGAUGUUUAAUCUUUCUGAUUUGGAUCCACGUACAAGACCAAUGCAACUUACAAUGGAGGAUAUCAACAAACUUGUUACCGCAUAUAAAUAUUUAAUGGAAAAACAUCCAGAAAUUGCCUUAUAUGAAUACCGCGCAUCUCGAAAGAUACUAUCAAUAUCUAAAGCACAGGCCAUAGAAGUCACUGAAUGUAUUGAACCAUAAUCUGACUGAUAAAUAAAAUAAACCGCAUUUAAUUUCGAAA